AUGAGCAAACAAAAUAUUCUAUGGGUUGAUAACAAACUAAAGGGUCGCUUACCUUCUCAUAUUCGGAUGACAUUACCCUUACCCAUCUCUGAUGACGAUCUUUUACCGAGACGUAGUACCGCCAAAAGAGCUCAGAACAAGUUUCUCAUUUAUCGUAAAGCUCUAUUAAAUAAUCUUCUCAAACACAGAUACACGGAAUUCAAUCAGUGUGAAGCGGGCCAGCUCGCUAGCAAACAAUGGAAACAUGAACGUCCCGAAAUUAUUGCUGAAUGUACGAGACUUGCAAUUAGAGCGAAAGAGCUGUUCGAGCAAAAUAAAACCAAAAAAAAUCCUACACCAGAAGUUUUUGAAGCAAAUCAAAAUACGGAUAACUCUAAUUACCUCAUUGACUGUUUCUAUGAUGAGAUAUUCGAUCAAUAUUUUUGCUUAAAUGGUUAA